AUAAGUGGAGGGCCCUGCACAGGAAAUCCGCUCAGCUUCUGCAAUGUGACCUGCCUGAAACUUGGGCGCUCCUUCAGUCAGGAUGUCCAUGGCGGGACAAAGGGAAUCCUGGACCAUGGGCGACGUGGUAGAGAAGAGUUUGGAAGGGCCCCUGGCACCCUCUACAGAAGAGCCCUCCCAGAAAAGUGGAGAAUUGGUAGAAAUCUUAAAUGGGGAGAAGGUGAAAUUUGACGACUCAGGACUGUCCUUAAUUCUUCAGAGUGGCCUGGAGACCCUCCGAGUGGAAAACGCUCUGACAGAUGUCAUCUUGUGUGUGGACAUUCAGGAAUUCUCCUGCCACCGCGUGGUUCUUGCUGCGGCCAGCAACUACUUCAGGGCCAUGUUCUGCAAUGACUUAAAGGAAAAGUAUGAGAAGAGGAUCAUCAUUAAAGGGGUGGACGCCGAGACCAUGCACACGCUCCUGGACUACACAUACACCAGCAAGGCGCUCAUAACCAAGCAGAAUGUCCAGCGGGUCCUGGAAGCUGCCAACCUCUUCCAGUUCCUGCGGAUGGUGGAUGCCUGCGCCAGCUUCCUCACAGAAGCCUUGAACCCAGAAAACUGUGUUGGAAUCCUGAGGUUGGCAGACACACACUCUUUGGACAGUCUAAAGAAGCAAGUUCAGAAUUACAUCAUUCAAAACUUUGUGCAGAUUCUGAACUCCGAGGAGUUCCUUGAACUUCCCGUGGACACUCUGUACCACAUCUUGAAGAGUGACGACCUUUAUGUGACUGAGGAAUCUCAGGUGUUUGAGACUGUGAUGAGCUGGGUCCGCCACAAACAGUCAGAACGACUCUGCUUGCUCCCCUGUGUUCUCGAGAAUGUGCGCUUGCCACUUUUGGACCCGUGGUACUUUGUGGAGACGGUCGAAGCAGAUCCUCUCAUCAGGCAGUGCCCAGAGGUCUUCCCACUGCUCCAGGAAGCCAGGAUGUACCACCUUUCUGGUAAUGAGAUCAUUUCGGAGCGCACCAAGCCCAGGAUGCACGAAUUCCAAUCUGAGGUGUUCAUGAUCAUUGGUGGCUGUACAAAGGACGAACGGUUUGUGGCAGAGGUAACCUGCCUGGAUCCCCUGAGGCGCAGUCGCCUGGAGGUGGCCAAGCUCCCAUUGACUGAGCAUGAGCUGGAGAUUGAGAAUAAGAAGUGGGUGGAGUUUGCAUGCGUGACAUUAAAAAAUGAGGUCUACAUCUCAGGUGGCAAAGAAACACAGCACGAUGUUUGGAAAUACAAUUCUUCAAUCAACAAGUGGAUUCAGAUUGAAUAUUUAAACAUCGGCCGCUGGAGGCAUAAAAUGGUGGUGUUGGGUGGCAAGGUCUAUGUCAUUGGAGGUUUUGAUGGCUUACAGAGGAUCAACAAUGUGGAGACCUACGACCCCUUCCACAACUGCUGGUCGGAGGCUGCACCCCUCCUUGUCCAUGUCAGUUCCUUCGCCGCCACCAGCCACAAGAAGAAGCUCUAUGUGAUUGGGGGAGGGCCUAAUGGAAAACUGGCCACGGACAAAACUCAGUGUUAUGACCCUUCCACCAAUAAAUGGACUUUAAAGGCAGCCAUGCCUGUGGAGGCUAAAUGCAUCAAUGCAGUGAGUUUCCGGGACCGCAUCUAUGUUGUUGGAGGGGCCAUGAGAGCGCUGUACGCCUACAGCCCUCUGGAGGACAGCUGGUGCCUGGUGACGCAGCUCAGCCACGAGCGGGCCAGCUGCGGCAUCGCGCCCUGCAACAACCGGCUCUACAUCACGGGAGGGCGGGACGAGAAGAACGAGGUCAUCGCCACAGUACUGUGCUGGGACCCCGAGGCUCAGAAACUGACGGAGGAGUGCGUCCUGCCCCGAGGGGUGUCGCACCACGGAAGUGUCACCAUCAGGAAGUCCUACACCCACAUCCGGAGGAUCGUGCCUGGAGCUGUGUCUGUGUGACUGACAAGGGACCCUGGAGGGCGCCAUGGGGAGCACUUAGUUCUACCUCGCGCCCUUCAUCCGUGUCCACCCGGAUUGGGCUCAGCUUGUGUUUAAGGGAGCCACCCGGCUUGCUCUGGGACACCUAGCAAGUCACAACUUUGGAACACUUGAAAAUGGCCAGGAAUGUUUGCAUGACCUACCUCAGGAGGAAGGCGGGAAGAAGAGUAAUAUUUAACAUUUGCGACACUUCUACCCUAUGCCAGGUCUUUUUCUAUAUUAACUCAUUUAACCAUGGGAAUGACCGCCUGCUGGGAUAUUGUCACUCUAGUCUGAGAGGAAACUGAGUUUCAGAAAGGUCAAGUGGCUUGCCCCAGGGUACUCAUUUAGCAAAUAGCUAAGCCAGGAGUAUAAACCCAAGUCUUUCCAGUUCAAAGCCAAUGUCCUCCACACCAUGUGCCUGAGGGGAGGAAAAUCAAAACCCAAACCUGACUCGGGUCUUGUUCUGGCCAGUCUGUUAGAAGAUUGACUCAGCAAAGCAGGGAAAUAAAAGUGUUUCUUUUUCCUUUUUUUCUUUUAACUCCUGUAUUUAAACCUUAUGAAAUCCUUAGUGUUGGAGCCUUUGGGGGCUUUUAUCAAGAGUGUCUCUCUCAUAGGCCAUCCCACUUGACAGGGGAGGCAGUUCUGGGAAGACCAGUUUGUAUUGAAAGAGAUAAAAAGUUUUGUGUUCUGUUCUCCUGGCACCAAGCAUUUCUUUUUUAUGGUCACUGGAUGGCCUAUUUUGGACUUGAACUGACAUUGCCAGAUGGAAUUACCUUCACCACAGUCUGGUGCCUGGACUCUUAAUGUCCAGCAGUUGUACUGUAAUGUAGAAAAGAGGUUUCCAGAGACUCAAACUAUUGUUUUUUAAAUAUGUAAACAUCUCAACACUGCUGGCCACUGCAGGAAUGUCAGAUUCUUCUUGACAGUGUACUUUCUACUUUAAGACAGUGAUCUGGACCCACUCACCUGUAGUUUUCAGGCUCUUUUAAAACCUAUUUUCUUGAGUUUUGAAUAAGCUUGGCUCAAUUUUGAUUCUAAGAACAGAGUCUGCCCUUCACGCUAAGAAAAGAGCUUUCAAAUGAGCUCACUGGAAAAUCAUUCUAAUCCCCAAGAUGGAGAAACAGGUUGAGAGAUCCUGUUUCACACGCUGUAGUUAAAAACAUAGCAAUUGCAUUACCCCAGGUACUUUAUUUUCAUUGUAUGAUUUCAGUUCUCUUUAUAGAGUUUUAGUUCAUGUCAGAAGGGGCAUAUUGUGCUUGUACUUCUCAGUGGUUUGGGAAGUCAGAGGUAUUAGAGUUGAUAGCGAACUUAUUUACAGGAAAAAAGUUAAGGUCAAGUCAAGUGUGGUGGUCUAAGUCUGUAAUCCCAGGGACUUGGGUGGCUGAGGCAGGAGGAUUGCAACUUCCAGGUCAGCCUAGGCAACUUAGUGAGCCCCUGUUUCAAAAUAAAAUUAAAAGGGUAGGGAUGUACUGAGUGGUAGAGCACCCCUGGAUUCAAUCCCCAGUUCCACAAAGGGGAAAAAAAAAAGUUAUGGUCAGAAGAACCUAAUGUUGUAAACAUAUAUUUAAAACUUGGAAAAUUAUAUCUCUAUUUAUGUCUAGCUUUUUGAAAAUGAUUUAUAUAAAUACAUGUUGGUGUGUAAAAUGCUCUGCCUUAGGGUCAGGUGAUCUAUUCCCUGAGAAGAAAAGUAAGACGGGACAAUGCACACAUACUUAUGGAUAUUGAGAACACACUGUCAUGCACCACAAGCUCUAGUGACCUUCACGAAGCUCUCAACUGCAACAAUUUAAUCUAGUUCAGCAAUGUUAUCUAGUUCAAUGCAUGUUUCUCAAUCUUGGAACAUCAAAUCUCUACCCGAGAGACCUCAAUAAAUGGGUAAAUGGGCUAACAAUCAA